CAUGGGCGCGCCCAAUUACAUGAUAUCAUCACCAAGCCAAGGAAUGAACCGGCGCGCCGCACUCACUUUGGCCUGCAGAUUGGAAGAGGGCGCUUUGUGUGCUUCAGGUCAAGCCGCAUAUGCACUCCAGCUGCAUCUUCUGGCUCUAGGCGCUCUUUGGCCGACUCAGAAUUCCCGAUUGAUGCCUGGUUGCGUCGACGAAUGCCAGCGACGGUCGCGAACUUAGUCCUGUUUGCCUGCCGACCUCGCAUUUCGACAACCUUCCUUUCUCUCCACAACACUCACCCUUCCUCUUCACCCCAACGCCAACGCAGACUGAACCCCUGAAAUUGAGCGCCAUCUCUGUCCGUCCGUUGCCACCAUGGCGAUGAACGGCUUACAAAAGCGGACUGCAAAAGCUACCUCGGCAGGCAUCAGGCUCGCCUCAUACUUCUUUCUAAGAUGGGCGUUGCUGCCCAUCAUCCCGGUCAUCGUCUUUUCGCUAUUUGCCCUCUAUGCACCCGCCUUCAUUGCGGGCUACGGAAACGAGCUCAUCAGGCAGGAACUUGAGGAGGAGAGGGAGCUUUUUCUGAGGGAGACCACCAUCACGUCGCCACCCACGGUUGAAGCCCAAAACGGCAAGGCCACCAUCAAGGCCGAGGAGGUGACGAUUCAGGAGACACUUGUUGUCCCUAAAAGGCAUGAUGAGUCGAUGUUGCGAACUCUGGUCUCGGGGGUCCCUAAUCCCCGGACCCUCGUCUCGUCUUCCCUGACCUUCCUGAUCAACCUGGCGUGCGUCGUCAUGGUGGGCGACCGGCUCUUCCGAGAUCGCCUCACAAAUGUCGACGACCUGUCGUUCGUCAGACUCGGCCACGUCUCACACUUGGAGGCGAAGCUGCUGAUUCGCGAGCCCGAUCAGUCAAAGCUGCCUAUCACUUUCGAGUUGAAGAUCAAGAACCCCAAGCCGCCGUUUGAUAACCCCCUGUGGGAGAAGGUUGGCGGCGUCCGCUGGACCACGGACGAGACCGACUACACCGCGGUUCUCACCAUACCGCUGAAGCACUCCAAGCAGCGCACUUACGAAUGGCGAGCCUCCAACAACCAGACCGGGGAGUUCACUUCGGCCCCGAAGCCCGGCCAGUCACCAGAGCAGUUCGACGGGAAGUUCACCUUCCUUUCCACGUCGUGCAUUGUCCACCGCCUGCCUUACGACCCUCGGGAUACUGCACUUGCCAUCCCGGGUAUGCGCUACCUUGCAAACGCCCUCCCAACUCUGGGUGCGCAGUUUAUGCUCUUUCUCGGCGACUUUAUCUACAUCGACGUACCCCGCCGAUGGGGGAGCAGCACCGACGUUUACCGCAAAAGCUACCGUCAGGUAUACGCUUCUCCCGAAUGGGCGACUGUGGGACAGAACCUGAGCUGGAUCCACGUCAUCGACGACCACGAGAUCGCGAACGACUGGGACGCGAACACCACGGGGGUCUACAAUGCCGCCAUGGACCCUUGGAAGCACUACCUCGCCGAGGCGAACCCCCCGCUCGCCAGGCAGGCGGGGCUGGAGGGGGCCGCGACCACGGCGCGAGAGGGCGCCAGCUACUUUGAGUUCACCCAGGGGCCCGCCAGCUUCUUCAUGCUCGACACACGCUCGUACCGGUCCGGCAACAAGGCGCUGCCGGCCGACAGUCCCGAGAAGACGAUGCUGGGCGCCGACCAGCUCGAGGACUUGCUCGCCUUCCUGGCGCGGCCCGAGCCCCGCGGCGUCAGGUGGAAGGUCGUGGCCUCGUCGGUGCCGCUCACCAAGAACUGGCGCGUCAACACCCAGGACACAUGGGGUGGUUUCCUGGCCGAGCGCCGCAGGAUUCUCGAGGCCAUGUGGGACGCGGGCGCGAGCCUCGGCGUGGGCGUCAUCGUGCUCUCGGGCGACCGGCACGAGUUUGCCGCCACGCGCUUCCCUCCGCCCCCCGGCGACCGCUGGCCCGAGAGCGCGGCCGUGCACGAGUUCUCGGUCAGCCCGCUGAGCCAGUUCUACUCGCCCAUCCCGACGUACCGCCAGACGGACGACGAGGACGUGCAGCUCAAGUACAUCAACAAGGGCAACUCCAAGUUCGGCGCCAUCACCAUGGAGAACCUGGCCGGCAGCGACCAGGGCAGUCUGCGGUACCGCCUGUUCAUCGACGGCGUCGAGACCUGGGACACCGUCCUGGUCACCCCUCCGGCCCCUCCCAAGCAGAAAGCGCAGGGCAUCUGGGGUCUCUUCUAGCGCUCUAUAGGAGCUGGCUGCGGCUUUUGUUUUACACCCCUUUAAUCCCUCGUCAGCUGUCCCGCGAUACACCAAACGCGAAUACUGAACAUGCUUUCCAAAUCCUGCAGGCAGCAUCUCUCAGUUUAUCUCUAGCUUUAUUUUUAGUGUAUCUGUCUCCAUUUCCCCCUUAUAUCAGUAGCAAUGCUCUCCGGACCCUACCAGUAUCCCCAGACCGUCAUUAUAUCUCACACAGAACCUCGCUCUCUAUAUCCCUUGCAGCUUUCAUCAGCCUGCUGGACAAAGCAGAUCAUGUCGGGUUAGGAACAGGCGGUCGUGGGGCUUAAAAAGCUCUUUUGAUCAUCGAGGAGAAAACUCAUGUUAUUACCCUCUUGGCCCUCUCAGUCCAAUCACCAAACAGGUUCAGUGAACAAAAUACUCCACUUUUGUGUAGCUUACGUUCCCUUGGCUGCCGUGCCACCGUCAGGGCCGAUAGGGUGUGACGAGCAGACCCUAGCGCGAGGCGCCCUAGGGAGGCGAAGGAGAUCAUACAGGAGGUUACAUGACUUUCGUUGACCGGGGCCCACGCAAAUCUGCCUUCACGUCAUAUGUGUUGGGACCAUUAGGCCGCCCUCCUCCGGCCCACGGAUCUAUGGACCGGGAAUGACUGGGUCAAUAUUUCAGUGGCUAGAAGCUCAAGAAAUGUGCGGGGGUAUAUUGUUGCAUGUCGCUUUACUUUAUUAGUCUCAUCGCACUGUCCUAUCUAAACACACUGCGCCCUGUGUAAUGUAGUGUCUAAGAUGACCGCCCGGAUAUCAACAGUUAAGGUUUAGGGAAUGUGUCAGGUGGUAAAAAAUAGCAAGCCACGUCUGCUCGCCAAGGUAUUCAU